UAUGUAUCUGACUUUCCAUUAAUAAAUAAGUAAAUAUUAAAAAAAAACCCAGAGAUGUCUUCUGAUGUGUGGCAGUUAAUAUAGAAUAAAAAAUUAUAUAUUAAUGAGAUAAUCAUGGUGGGUUAUGACUCACUUUUAGUCCUUGUUUAUACUGCUGUGAAACUGUGUGAUUUCACUCCUUUUUCUUUUUGGGGAUUAUGAUUAGUAGUGAAUUAAGACUGUGAAUAUAGACUUGUUAAAAUUAUAUCUGCAAAAGCAGAUGAAGAGAGGGCAGUGAUGGUGGGGAAUCAGAGGAAGAAGAGGGAGUGACAGAAUUUUGGUAGUUGUCUAGGAACUGUAUCUGUGGAAUGCAUAAAAUCUGUUCUCUUAAUACUAGUAAAAAAUAUCAAGAAAAAUGGAAAAGAAGACUAACUCAGCUUGGCCAAUAACAACUUUUGAGUUUUUCCCCAUUCAUGCAGUGAAAUUUGACAGAUAAAUUUCUUAUAGACUUACUAAUGUAUUGCAAAUGCAACUACACACAUGUGUCUCAUGGUAAUUUAGAUGUGUCAGCUUUUUGUGGUUUAUUUAAGGAUCUAUUCAAAUUCAUUCAAAUAUGACUUGAACUUACCUAAAGUAUUAUAUAUCCACAUAAUUGGUUAGGCUCUCAGGAGAAAUGUAUUUUUGAUCUAAAAAACUUUUCCACCUAAAUAUCUCCAGAGAUGCAUAAAGCAAAAUGUAAAAUCAUUGUUACUUCAUAGAAUAUCCUAGCUUCCACUAUGAUUUUGACUAAUUUAAUUGCUUUCUAUUAGUUGAUAAAAUCAAUUGUACUGAUCAGAUUUUUAUCUGAUGUCAUUUUUUGAAGUAAAUCUCUUUUUGUUAAGCCUUCCUCAUGCAGAUAAAUACAUGAAGGCCUACAAUUUGCUAGAAAAUUAAGCAGCAUCGAUAAUAUAGCUAUCUUUUGCAUUAGGCGCUUAGCAUGUGCCAUGUGCUAUUUUAAUACUGUGGAAGGGAUUAAAUUAGUUAAUUUAAUCCUCAUAACAUCUCUGCUAUGAAUUUGUUUUUACUAUUCCCAUCUUAUACAUAGGAAAGGAAGUUUAAGACUGGAAAGUUUUAAAAUUUUUUACAAAAGAUGAAUACUUAUAAAACAGUAGGUUUACUACAGGAAACCUAAUUUUGUUUUGUAUGGAGCUCUGUAUUAUUGCAGUAGGUAUAAUCAAUCUGGAUAUUUUCUGAUUACUUAAUUUAUGUUUAGAUCCUAAGUGAAUCCAAAGCACAAGGGACUGAAUCAAGUUCAACAGACAGAUUCAGAAAAGUUGGAAACAGGCAGGGAAUGGAUAUGGGACAUAUUAUUCUUAAAUGAACUCGUCGAAGACAAGGAGAGUGUUCGUAAAGAGCUUAGCUAGCUAGAUUAGAGAAAUUGUCUUGCCCCAUCUGUUCUAAUUAGCUUAUGUCUCCUGUUCAUAUGUCUUCCUGCUGGUUAUUUCAGAAAAGAGGUGACAGCUACUUUGAAAGGAAUUUUUUUUUUUAAUUGACAGUGACUUAAAAUGAUUUUGGAGUGCUUGUUCAUUGUCAAACAUAAAAAUUUAAAUGUUAGCACUUUGGUGUAACAAUUUGUUAUUGGAAACUUUAAGGCUUUGGACUCUGAAUUGAAGAUUCUGCCCUCUCAAGUUGCCUUCAGUUUUUAGCCCAAAUGAUUAUGUUUCCUCUUUUUGGAAAGAUUUCUCUGGGUAUUUUGAUAUUUACUCUGAUAGAAGGAGACCUUCCAUCAUUUACAGCAUCAACCUUUGUAACUUCAGCUGAGAUCCAGGACCCCAAGACUGCAAUUUCUUUUCUCUUGUCUGAAGAUUCUACAGAACCUUCUCUACCAAUGGAAAAGAAACAGCCUCUGGACCACAGACAAGCUGAGAGACGAUCAUUACUCAGAAGGCAGCGAGCCAUUCUUUUUCCCAAUGGAGUGAAAAUGUGCCCAGAUGAAAGUGUUGCAGAGGCAGUGGCAAACCAUGUGAAGUAUUUUAAAGUCCGAGUGUGUCAGGAAGCUGUCUGGGAAGCCUUCAGGACUUUUUGGGAUCGACUUCCUGGGCAUGAGGAAUAUCGUCACUGGAUGGAUUUGUGUGAGAAUGGAAUCACAAGUAUUUUUGAAAUGGGCACACAUUUUAGUCAGUCCUUGGAACAUAGAAGCUUAAUCAUGAAGAAACUGAUUUCCGCAAAGGAAACUGUAAGCAGCUCUGAAUUUUCAUCUCCAGUUCCUUCAGACCAUACUUCAACAGUGGGAGGUGCUGCUCUCAGGGUUCCAGAUCCAGCAGUGGCUUCUCAUGAAGUUGCCUCAGAGAGCAGCGUGGAAAGAGAAAAGGAGAGUAUCAGCAAUGAAAUUGAGGAUGUGACAGAUGAACCCCCGAAACCAGCAGCUGAACAGAUUGCAGAAUUCAGUAUCCACCUUUUGGGGAAAGAGUACCAGGAAGAGCUCCAGGAUCCCUCCAGCUUUCAUUAUCAGCACCUUGCAGAAGAGUUUAUUUCGGAGGUUGAAAAUGCAUUUUUUGGCUUACCAGGCUAUAAGGAUAUCCGUGUACUUCAGUUUAGGUCCCCAAAGGAAAAUGACAGUGGCAUGGAUGUUCACUAUGCAGUUACCUUCAAUGGUGAGGCCAUCAGCAAUACCACCUGGGAGCUCAUUAGCCUUCACUCCAAUAAGGUAGAAAACCAUGGCCUUGUGGAGUUGGAUGAUAAGCCCACUGCUGUUUAUACAAUUAGCAACUUCAGAGAUUAUAUUGCUGAAACACUGCACCAGAAUUUUUUGCUGGGAAAUUCCUCCUUGGAUCCAGAUCCUGAUUCCCUUCAGCUUAUUAGUGUGAGAGAAGUUUUGCUUCCCCAACCUGAAGACCCUAUUUUGAAUACACAAAGUCCAAGUCUGCAGGCACCAUCUCCGACUUUGGAUAAUACCUUUCAAGCUGAAUGGCCCUCAGCAGAUGGAUCCACAGCCAGCAGUAUUUCACCACUUGAUUUCAGCUCUGGUCCUCCCUCAAGCACUGACAGGGAACUCUCGCCAGAAAGUCCUUUGGGUGAUUUAGUGUUUACACUCGAUUUAGCCUUUCCCUCCAAGGUGGGCCUGGGUCCUUCCCAAGAGGCUUUAGAGGUUAGUGGCUUGACUCUCCAUUCUGUCACCCCAGCAGUGCUUCCCACUGAUGUGCCUGUGGCUCCUGAGGAGGGGACUUCUGGAUCUCACUUAAUAGGAGAUGGUGAGGAACUUGAAUCAUUCUAUUCUGUGGAUCCAUUGCCUUCAAGCUCAUUGACUGAGCCUGUGCCAAGAGAAGCAGUGCUGUCUGUGGAAGACUCUGGUAUAAUCUUAACAACCUCACCGCAUUUGCUUUCUCCUGCCACAUUAGAUAUUAUUACUGAAGAAAUAACUGUACCUUUUGUCUUGGAUUCCCUGGACUCCCAAGUCAAAGACCAACUAAAAGUGAACACUUUGCUGCCAGAAACAGUCAUGGUAGAAGAGUCCUUAAUUGAAAGUGGCUUUAGUUCUGGAUCUGGGCAAAUGGUGGAUCUGAUUACUUGGCCAUGGAGUAAGAUUUUAUUAGAGAAGAGCACAGAACCAUUGUCCAAAUCAUGGCUUGAAGAGAAGGAUUCACUUUUGCCAAGUGAGGGUGUAGGUGAGGAAUUAGUCAUAGGUAGUGAAGUGACUUCUGCAUAUCAAAUUAUUGAGCAUCCAGAUUAUGAACAGGAUGGUAGAUCCACAGACUUUGGAGAAAAGCUUUAUGGUGGACCUACAGUGCCAUUCAAUGCAGAGACUGCAACGCAGCCUGCAUCUCUGAUCAUCUCUGAAUACUCAUCAGAGGCACCUGACACUGAUUAUUACUCAGCUACGAAAGCUCCCCUUCUACUGGCGUCUGUAGCAAUAUCAUCUGUUGACCAGCCAGAUCGAGAUGAUUUCCUAAAGGAGGAAAUAGAACAAAGUACAAAGUCAUCUGAACAUGAAGGACUUGACAGCAAAGAUUCAGUGUUGUGGACUGCCUUGCCAGAAUCAGAGGCAGUUUGGGAAGCAACAUCUUCGCCACGGAAAUUGUCCAGAGUCACAUUGGCAAGGACACCACAGAGUAUCGACAGACUCUGGUCUAAAGCUUCCAUGACACAGUCUCCCAAAUUGCCUCCAACCAUGACCUCCAUCCCACUGGAGGAUGAAGUAAUCGUGGGUGUACAGGACAUAUCAUUAGAGUUGGACCGGGUAGGCACAGAUUACUAUCAGCCUGAGCUAAUUCAAGAGAAAAGUGGCAAGGUUGGUAGUUACAUGGAAAUUUCUACAAAUGUAGACGCUACAGAGAUGGCUGUUGUAGCUCCAUCCACUAAUGGGGGUGAUUCAAGCUAUACCCAGACAGGAGGAGCUUUGGUGGUUUUCUUUAGCCUCCGAGUGACUAACAUGAUGUUUUCAGAAGACCUGUUUAAUAAAAACUCUUUGGAGUAUAAAGCCUUGGAGCAAAGAUUCUUAGAGUUGCUGGUUCCCUAUCUCCAGUCAAACCUCACAGGGUUCCAGAACUUGGAAAUCCUCAACUUCAGAAAUGGCAGCAUUGUGGUGAACAGCCGAAUGAAGUUCGCCGAGUCAGUCCCUCCUAAUGUCAACAAUGCUGUGUACUUGAUUCUAGAAGACUUUUGUACUACUGCUUACCAAACCAUGAACUUGGCUAUUGAUAAAUACUCCCUUGAUGUGGAAUCAGGUGAUGAUGCCAACCCUUGCAAGUUUCAGGCCUGCAAUGAAUUUUCUGAGUGUUUGGUCAGUCCCUGGAGUGGAGAAGCACAAUGCAGGUGCUACCCUGGAUACCUGAGUGUGGAUGACCUGCCGUGUCAGAGUCUCUGUGACCUAAAGCCUGACUUCUGCUUGAACGACGGGAAGUGUGACAUUAUGCCUGGGCACGGGGCCAUUUGUAGAUGCCGGGUCGGUGAGAACUGGUGGUAUCGUGGUGAGCACUGUGAGGAGUUUGUCUCUGAGCCCUUGGUCAUAGGCAUCACCAUUGCUUCCAUGGUUGGACUUCUCCUGGUCUCUUCUGCUGCUAUCUUCUUCCUUGUUAAGACUCUUCAUGUUCACUCGAUCAGGGGAGAAAGAGAAAGGCCUUUUAGUGGUUCUGCCAGGCAGCCCGACAGCCUCUCAUUCGUUGAGAAUGCUGUGAAGCACAAUCCUGUGUUUGAAGGCCACGUGGCCGGAUGUGAGCUCUAUGAGGCAGCCGGUCUACAGCAUGCCUUCUGCAGCUCUGCUAGCGAAGAGGUGCUUGGUGGCCUGAGCAGAGAGGAAAUCAGGCAGAUGUAUGAGAGCAGUGGGCUUUCCCAAGAGGAAAUUCAAGAGAGAAUGAGAGUGUUGGAACUGUAUGCCAAUGAUCCUGAGUUUGCAGCUUUUGUGAGAGAGCAUCAAAUAGAAGAGCUUUAACCAUAUCCCGCGAUUAGAAGCCUGGAGAAGAUGGGGAUCACUUGUUACCUAUUUCAUAUAAUUAACAUGGAUUUUAAACCCUGUGUUGAAAGAAGACUUUUACCUUAGUUAAUAGAAGUUAAAUAUGAAAGUAUACCUUUUUUCCAGUACAAAUUUCAGAAUGUAGUAAGAGGAGUGGCAGUUUUUACUUGUAUGAAGACAAAAGCUAUGCUUAAAGAAAUUCAAAACUAUGUUGAGUUCUGGGAACUAUUUCGCAAAGAGAAAGCAGAUCCUGGCACUCUGGUUGCAUUCGUUGUUGGCGUCUGAGUCUCUACGGGUGUCUCAGAACUGUGCCUCCGCUUGUCCAGCAGGAAAAUAAGGUGAGCUGAUGAAGGAGAAUUAGUAGUAAGCCAACAUUUCACUGUAUUAUUACUUAUUGUCAGCUGGGAUGGGGGAAGCCUUUGAAGCAGUCUUAAUGUAGUUUACGUAGCCAGAUUUUUAGCUGUAUAGAUGUUUAAGUUUUGUUUUUAAAAUCUAACACCCAGGAAGUUUUUGAUUGCUGUAUUAUGGAAUUAGGCUACAUUUUUUACUAUUAAGAUUUUGAAUUUCCUGAGCACAAUGGUGAAGACUACAUUAUUGUUAAGUAGGUUGGUAUUGUUUUUUCAAGCUCUCAAUAGUAAUACAUAUAAAGACUUUUUAAAAGGUUAUAUAAAGUGGAAUUAAAAGAUGUUUUAGUGCAAAAAUUUUUGAAGGCUAGGCAUAGUUUUUUUUUUGAUAACAUGCAUUUGCGUGAACUUUUGGAAAUACGCUCAUUUGUGUAGUUUGGGAGAUUUACUUAGAUUACAACUGUAGUCACCUGGGCUGGGAGGAGUGGUUCAAUGCCACAGUGCUGAGAAUUCUUACUUUGCUGAUUGACAGGGUGCUGAGUGAGCACUAACUUAUUUUUUUUUGGCAAAUCCUGAAUUUUUCUAACACCUGGAGUACUAAUGUGGGAAAUAUCAAAUAGUAUAAAUUAACUCAAAUAAUUUAGAUCAUUUGUGUGGCUUAUUCUUUUUGUUAGACCACCUAUCUAAUCAAUUCUUACACAAAAUAAAGACAUUUGUUGCAGUUAAAAUCUUCAAGAAUGACGUAAAUAGGAACCAUUUACACCUUGCAUUCAUUUUGACUGAAAGUGAAAAUUUUACCUAGUGUUUUUUUUUUAAAGAUUUUUAAAAUUUUUAUUUGAAAGAUUUAUAAAGAAAGGAGAGACAGAAAGCUCUUCCAUUUGCUGGGUACAGGCCACAUGAAAGACAGUGAAAGUGUUGAAGACAUCUAAUCAUCAUUCAGCAAACCACCUGAGCAAAUGUGUGUGUGCAUGUGUGCACAUGUGUGUAGGUAGGUAACUCCUUAUCUCAGUAUUCCUUUUAUUCGCAACUCACAUAGUGAGUCGUUUAUAGGUUCAACAUAGUCAAGCCACUUUUGGAGACCUUUUAUAUUGACCCGUUUGAAAAAUAAUUGACAAUUUUCUUUAGACCGCCAAAUGUUAAUAAUGUUUGCCACUACUAAACACUUUAUUUGUAGAUAUUCCAAAGAUUCUGCUUAUGAUUUUUUUUAUUACAAAGUCAGAUAUACA